UGCGCAGAUCGGACGUACUCGAACACAUCAGCAACGGUCUGAUUAUCAAAGAACAGCGUUGAAAACAGCGCUGUGUUCAUCUCUGUCGAGCAAAUGUACUCUUUAGCGAUCAAUCUACAUCAAUAAACGAACAAUGAUCGGUCAUCCGGUUACCAGCAGAUGAGCCAAAUCUGAUCGUCGCUGAAAGAAAGAGGCGAAACUUACGAUUUUUGACAUCAUGGCUAGCUGCAGUGAGGUAAAUGUUUCCGUGGACACCCUGACUUCAGGCAAGAAGGUGAGUGCGGAUUCUGUGACGGAUGGAAGUCCUUCGCCUUCGUCUCCUUCGCUGCCUGUUCCAGAAUGUGCUAUCUGCCUGCAGAGCUGCGUUCACCCAGUACGCCUGCCGUGCCACCAUAUUUUCUGCUUCCUCUGCGUCAAGGGAGCUUCCUGGCACAGCAAACGCUGCGCCCUCUGUAGACAGGAAGUACCCGAGGAUUUCCUGGAAAGGCCCACUUUGCUUUCGCCCGAAGAACUGAAGGCUUCGGCAACAGGUGGACGUGGUGCAGGGGCGGGCGGCCAUGCAUGGUACUAUGAAGGACGUAAUGGCUGGUGGCAAUAUGACGAGCGGACUAGCCGAGAACUGGAGGAUGCAUUUAACAAGGGCAAGAAGAGUGCGGAGAUGCUCAUCGCCGGGUUCCUCUACGUUGCCGACCUGGAGAACAUGGUGCAGUACAGGAGGAAUGAGCAUGGACGUAGGCGAAGGAUGAAGAGAGAUGUGGUGGACAUUCCUAAGAAAGGUGUGGCAGGACUUAGACUCGAUCCAGAUCCCAGCCCAGGGGUAGGGUCGGGAUCGGUAACAGUAACUGUCGGAGUUGCUGCAGUUGCAGAUUUAAGUGCAAGUGUGGACGGAGCAGCUGUUGAACGAGAAAGCUCGGCGGAUGGAGCGGAUACUAGCACCAACGGUGGGCGUCCUCAAGGCGUCUUUGCGCCUCCUCCCAUUAGACCGUCAACUGUUUUGGGGGGUCACCUGACCGGCCCUGCAGGGUCCUCUAGCGGCAUUCAGCUUGUUCAGGCACUCGCACAACUGAAUAUCAACCCCGUUGAACCUGGACUAGAUGAGGAAGACGUCGAUGACGAAGAUGACUCUGUCGUUCCGGAUGCCUCGGGUUAUGAGUCCGAAUCCGGCACAAGCGAGGAUGAAGAUGAAUCCACUGGUGACGAAGGUGCACUCGAGGGAGCUGAAAGCUCCCGGGGAAGGCAUAGACUGCAGCAGUUGGACAGACCGCCCCCUGGUGGUGGCCCUGCACAUAGCAGUGAUCGUUCUGGGUGCCCCGAUGGUCAGUGCACCGUUACGAAGGUCUGACCACCACAAGGUUGGGUAGGAGUCCAGUCUAACCACUGGACUCCUUCCCAACAACUGCUGGGUAUUUCAAAACCAAUCUCUGAAAUGCAAAAAAUUAAUUCACAGACUUGGAUAGGGCAGAUACUUGGUACAGAGGGUUUUAGUGUAAAAAUAGUGCUUGUAUUUCUCAGUCUUAGAAGACUGUACCAGGGCUGUGCUCUUUGAGUGGAAAUAACAGGCAAAACUACAAUAAAACUUGCUUUUUAUCAUAUUAAUCCCGAUAAUUAGUCCAGACAGUCCAUUUUCAAAGUUUGCUUCAAAAACUAAGUAAAUAUUGGCAAUAAAAGCUGGUAGUUUGAUAGCACUGCCUGAUGGUAAAACAUGUACUCGAUUGUCAUCACAAUGUACACCAACCAGUGUGCUAUGCACUUUAUAACAAUGAGUGCGCCAAACAUUAAUGAAGACAAACGUAUUUGAAUUUCAUGAAAACGUGUACAGUUCACAUUUCACCCCAAAAUCAAGAUAAUAUAUGUUGCCUUUUUUUUUUUUUAGGAUCAUUUUAAAUAAAGCCUAGUUUUACAGUCAUUAAGAUAUUUUGUUUUGACAUUAUUUUCGUGACAAUUAAACACAUUACCGUAAUGCACCCGUUUUUAUGUAAU